AUGACGUACACUGACCGGGCGAUAGCAGAGAUAUGGAUUUGGGCAUGGUUUAUACAACGCAUCUGGGCUACGGACAGGUUCGAAAGUUUACGAUUACAGCAUUUAAAGAGGCUGGAAUUAAAGUCUAUGAUUGCCUGCUGUAUCAUCAUUACGUUGCCUUUACAAAUAGCAUAUGACAUAUCGGUUGUUAUACUGAGGUAUAAAGAACCCUAUAUCGCGGUCAAGUUUGAUGGUCUUGACUGGAAACAAAUCAACGUUUCAUCAAGCCCUAAUGAAGACUACCAAGUAAUGGACAGGCCAGUUGAUACGUGGUCCAAUACCAAUAAGAGAAUUUGGACAGCGAUGCAGGUUUUGUUAUGUUUCUGUUUCUCUGCACAAACAGGAGCGUUAUAUUUAGUGCAAGCGUUUUGGAGUCACUUGGCCAGUCAAUGGGGAAAUGCGCCGUUUGUUGGAUCUUUGGAGCUUAAGAUUUAUUUUGUCUGGGUUGUGUUGUCUGCGGUUACACUACCUGCAUCACUCUUGAUAUCGGAACACUAUAGACCCACGUUGUCUGAGACAGUUCCCGAGUUUUUCUUCUCUAUUCAAUUAACAGUGUUAUUCAUGAUUGCGUUACGCAAUGACAGGAAAAUGCGACGGCUAUUCGCUGUCGUACGCGUAAAUCCAACCAUACGCGAAACGAUAUUUCAACUCACAUAUUUUAUCGAAAUGAACAAAUAUCUGAUGCUUGGUAUCGCAGCGCUGUGUGUAAGCAUGAUUUUAUUCUGUCUGAACAUGUUUAUAAGGGGAUUACGCUUUACCACGAUGAUAUUCUGGCCAGAUUUGCUAAUGGCGAUAUUCAACUUUGGUGUGUUCUUACUUUGGGUGUUGAUGAUUAUGAUUAUAUAUCCGAGAUACUACAUAACUGGUUUGGUGGACAACAAUACGCUAUCAACUAGAGCGCUCAGUCGAUUAAGCACAUCUGUCGAUCGAAAAACUCGAGAAAAGCCUAGCGCAAACGAUCGAGUAACUGUAAAACAACCUGUCGAUCGAAAUACUCGACAACAGCCUAGCGUAAACAAUCAGAAAUCUAUCGAUCGGACGCAUCAAAGGUGCAACUUUAGUCCAGAUUCACAUUUAAGUACGGUCGCAGUUGCAUGCAGAACUAGUCGUGGCGAUCGUACGUCAGUCAAUCGAGCUACACGCUCAGAUUUAAGGACAGUAUUUGAAGGAUGA